AUGUCGUCGGAUGAAAUUGUCUGGCAGGUAAUCAACCAGCAGUUUUGCUCAUACAAGCUCAAAACCGACAAAGGCCAGAAUUUCUGUCGUAAUGAAUACAAUGUCACUGGGUUCUGCAACCGUCAGUCAUGUCCUCUAGCAAACUCUCGGUACGCGACCGUUCGAUCAGACCCCAGCACGGGUGCAAUGUACCUCUACAUGAAAACGGUAGAACGAUCUCAUAUGCCCAAUAAAUGGUGGGAGAAGAUCCGGUUAUCUUCGAAUUACGCAAAGGCUCUCAGCCAGCUGGAUGAACGAUUGAUCUACUGGCCUAAGUUUUUGAUUCACAAGUGCAAACAACGACUUACUCGACUCACUCAAGUCAGCAUACGGAUGAGAAAGCUUGCCAAAGAGGAAGAGCGUCUGGGUGAAAAGCUAGUUCCGAAGCUUGCUCCCAAGAUAAGGAGACGAGAGGAGACGAGGGAACGAAAAGCAGAGGCUGCCGCAAAACUUGAGCGGGCAAUUGAAAGGGAGCUUAUCGAGCGAUUGAGGAGCGGCGCAUAUGGUGAACAGCCUCUCAAUGUGCAGGAAAAUAUAUGGAAGAAGGUUCUUAAGGGCUUAGAGAGGCAAGGAGAUGGCGAACGGGACGAGGAUCUCGACGAGGGGAUUGAGGAAGAGCUGGAUGAGGAAGAGGAGGGCGUGGGAGAAGUUGAGUAUGUCAGUGACAUCGAUGAGGAUGAAGAUAUGGAGGAUUUGGAAGACUGGCUUGGUGAUGAGAGUGAUGAAGCGGACAGUGAUGAGGAGGAUGACGACGACGAGGACGACGAUGACGAUGACGAAGAAGGGUCUGGCAGCGACGAGGCCAGCGAAGAGGAAGACCAGAAGAAGAAGCGUGCCGCCGCUCUCAAGCGCAAACGAUCUUCAGCGCCUUCGCGGCCGCGCAAGAAGGGUGCGCACGUCGAGAUUGAGUACGAGACAGAAGGGCCAGCGAGAGAGUCACUGUUUGCAUGA